AUAUUUUACGCUUAUUUUAUAUUAAUAAAUUAAUUUUUAUUAUCCGACACACCAAUUCCAAAAUUAUGGGUUCGUCGUCACUGCCCACACUUAGUACGAGACUGAAUAUGAGUAGUGAAAUACUCGCCCGUGCAUUACCAUCUAGCACAGGUUGCUUAGUCUUGAUUUUGAACCCUAAAACGUUGGCACUACGAAGUUCUUUAAAAAAAAAAAAAGUCCUCCUUCCAAAAAGCGUAUUCCUGACUAAAUUCAGCAACAAUUUAUUAUUCCACAAAUAAAUAAAAAACAAUUUAUAAAAUAGAAAGAAGAAAGAAGCUCAUUCAUCCCCCAAGAAAGAAAAAGGAAAAACAAGGAGCAUCACUGCAUCAGUUUCAGUCUUUCAGACGUCUGGUUUCGUAAAUCCACCAGUCUCCUCUCUUCUCUUCUCUUUACUACAUUAUCUCCUUCGCUCCCGCCAUGACCUAGUGCCAAGUGCCCUCCUUUCUCCCUUCACGCCUCCUUUCCCUUCCUUUCCUUCCGCCUUUCAAUCAUCCCCAUCGCUCUUCUUCUUCCUCCUCCUCCUCCUUCCUCUUCUUAUAUAACAAAACCUCUGUUUCCAGCCCAACGCUCACAUUUUCCCUCUCCUCCAGCCUCAACUGCCUUCUUCGGUUCAGGGGAAAAGGAACCCAUCUGAAAGAAAAAGCAACAAUGGGACAGAAAACUACCAAAGCUCUGUUCUUUUUUCCUUUCUCUCGUGAGGCUCACAUGAAUUGCCACUGAUUCAGGCAAAAAAAAAAACCCCUUCUGGCCAUUUCUAUUUCUUUUAUUACUUUGGUCUGGUUGCUUCUUCAACCCGUUUUCUUUCUCCCCUCUUUUCCCACCCUCCCCAUUGCUUUCAUCACUUCCUUCAACCUCUAGCAUUUAUCCACAAAGAAGUUAAGUUCACAGGGAGAGGGAAGGUGGAGAAGGAGAUCUUGUGGUCCUCUGUUUCUAGCCCUUUUCCGUAAGGUUGAGAAACCUCCAGCUCCUCCCCAACUUUAGACGUUUAUUAUAAAAACCCACCAGACCCUUCUCUUUCCCAUAUAUUCAGUCCCUCUUCUUCUUCUUCUUCUUCUUCUUCUUCCUUUCUGCUUUGAAUACAGGGGGAGAUAAGAAAUGAACACUACAGGGGAGAUGUCCCCUGCAGCAGCCGGGGUUCCAUUCAACAUAGCCAGCCUGCUCUGCAGUCCAAUCACACUCGCAGCAGACAGAUCAAGCUUGUUACCGAUUCCUUCUCCUACCAGCAAUCUUAAUUUUCUCUCCACUUCUUAUCACUCCAUCAAUCCUCCCCAAACCAACACUGGUAGUAGCAAUACCAGCAGUGAGUGUGGUUCAGUGGAAGCAGGGGAGAUGAUGAAGGGAGGUGUUAUUCGUCGUCGCGUGUUCGAGACGACGGACAGCUUACCGCUGUGGGGGAUGACAUCAAUCUGCGGGAGAAGGCCCGAGAUGGAAGAUGCAGUUGCUGUAGUUCCGAGGUUCAUGAGCAUCCCAGCUCGGAUGUUGGGCAGCAGGGUCGAUUCGACCGCGCAUUUCUUGGGUGUGUAUGAUGGGCAUGGUGGUUCGCAGGUUGCGGAAUACUGCAGGAAGCGAGUCCACGAGGCGCUGUCGGAGGAGAUCGAGGAGCUCGCCAGAGCGGAUAGUGGAGAGGAGGUGUUGAAGAAGGCCUUCUUCAAUUGCUUUCUGAGAGUGGAUGCGGAGAUCAGUGGUGAUGGUGGUGGUGGUGGUGGUGCUGUUGAGGUAGCCCCCGAGACGGUGGGCUCGACAGCAGUUGUCGCCACGGUUUGCAGAACGCACAUCGUCGUUGCAAACUGUGGCGACUCCAGGGCAGUUCUUUGCCGCGGCAAAGCAGCUGUUCCGUUGUCCGUGGACCACAAGCCCGAUCGAGAAGACGAAUAUGCAAGAAUUGAAGGUGCAGGAGGCAAGGUGAUUCAGUGGAACGGAGCUCGAGUUCUGGGUGUUCUUGCAAUGUCAAGAUCCAUAGGUGACAGAUACUUGAAGCCGUGGAUCAUCCCAGACCCAGAAGUGAGAAUCGUGGAGAGAGCGAAAGAAGACGAGUGCCUGAUUUUAGCAAGCGACGGGGUGUGGGAUGUGAUGACGAACGAGGAGGCGUGCGAGGUUGCGAGGAGAACGAUUCUGAUGUGGCACAGAAGAAGAAGCAAUGGCCAGGAUGGCCAUAGUCAAGGCCAGACAAUGAUGUCCGACGAUUCGGGAGCUGACCCUGCAGCACAAGCUGCAGCAGAGUCUCUGUCUAACCUUGCUCUGCAGAGAGGGAGCAAAGACAAUAUAACAGUCAUUGUGGUGGACCUGAAAGCACAGAGGAAGUUCAAGAGGAAGACACAACAACCUCAGCAGUAGUAAUAACCUCAUCUUACCUUCUUAGGGCCCCUUUUUAGCCUUUUUACACAGCAGCAAAUGCAGAUUUUUAUUGCAGAUGCUUUCAUCGAAAUGACAUACAACGGCAGCUCUUGCUUCUUAGCUUUCAGUCUCAUGACUCGUAAUGCUUCCGCUGUAGCUGACGAUCUUUUACAUGUACAGUAAGAUCUUCAACACAUACAACAUAACUAUGCAAUUUUCGCUUUUCGGAUAAGUAGCACAGCAUCCUCAUCUUUGUAGCCAAUUGCUUGAGUACCAUGAUUUUUUACGGUAAGGAGAUGCAUAAAACACGGCAAGUAGCAGAUUGAACAGCUAACAGAGUUAGUAGAACACCAUUUACAUUACACAACACAGAUGUAUUAGAUACAAGAGAAACAAGCCACACCUUUCACACAAAUAGUACCCUGUUGUUUGUCAUAGAAGCAAGUUGUGGUAUUCUUUCCUCUGGCAACUCAAAUUGAAAUUAUAGAAGGGGGCUUCCCUUUCCCACAUUAUGAGAUAAUAACAACACCUCGCCCUAGUUACACUGCAGAGAAAGAUUUCGGUUUACACUACACAAAAUGUUUGAGCAAUUUGAUACUCAGGUAGAUGCUUCUUGACACCAUUGUUGCUUACCUGCCGCAUUUUUGCAGCUCAAUACUUGACAAGUUCAAAAUUUUAACUAGAUUAUUACUUCCUCGAGUUGUUUCAGAGUCGCCGUGAGCCCCCAUCUGGUACCAAAGUAGCAAAUGUAAUCAGAGCAAGUAACUUGCAUCGAAAACAAAACAUGAUUAUAUGAAUUUAGAUGAACCGACUGUUGAACACUCAAAACGCAGAGGGGAACUUUUAUACCGUUCAUUAUAUUAAGCUGUUAAGCUACUUCUAAAAGCAAAAACAAAUCAGAUUUUGCUGAAGAGCCUACGGUCCUAGGAUCUGAGCCAUGGACAUAACCUUGAAACUAUAAGCUUCAAUACAUUCACGGAUAAUAUUACUAAUCUCGUCAGCUCGAAUAGUUACCAUGAGUAUUUUCUUAUUUUUUGUUUGACUGUAGGAAUAAUUAAAAGAAGUAGAC